GACUAAUGAACUUCCCAAUAAAAAAUAGUUUAUUCUUAGAAAACAGUGUUUGACUGUUGUCGCACACUCAUAGCCUUAAUCGCACUUGUAAACUGCGGAGUUGAACGUGCAAAUGGCUAUGGCGAUGAUGCUGUCGAUGUCAACUCUCAAGCUCAAAACGACGUCGCUCAGUUUCCGGCGAAGCCCGACUCGGAGGUUGAAGGCCUUCUCCGUGGAGAAUAUUGGAUAUGAAGGUCGUAAGAUUGGAAAUGUGGAUGAAUUUGACCCCACAAUUAGAAUAGAAGAAGCCGUGACUCCUCCCACCAGUUGGUACACCCAACCUUCUUUCUUCGCCCUUGAACUCGAUCGCGUCUUCAACAGGGGAUGGCAGUGCGUUGGAUGUACUGAACAGAUAAAGGAUCCUCGGAACUAUUUCACUGGCAGAUUGGGAAACGUUGAAUUCGUGGUAUGUCGAGAUGAUAAUGGCAAGUUUCAUGCAUUUCACAAUGUAUGCCGUCAUCAUGCCUCAGUCCUUGCAUAUGGAGCUGGCAAAAAGUCUUGCUUUGUUUGCCCUUAUCAUGGAUGGACAUAUGGGUUGGACGGACCACUUCUUAAAGCCACUAGAAUAACAGGAAUUCAGAAUUUUAACGAAAAUGAAUUUGGGCUAAUUCCAAUAAGAGUAGCUACAUGGGGACCAUUUGUUCUUCUUAAUAUGGAGCAAAAAGUUGACAGUAAUGUAGACGUGGCAGAUGAAUGGCUAGGUAGCUGCUCAGAUCUACUGACUAAUAAUGGAGUUGAUUCCUCACUAAGUUAUAUUUGCAGACGGGAAUAUACCAUCGAAUGUAAUUGGAAGGUGUUUUGUGACAAUUAUUUAGAUGGAGGAUAUCAUGUGCCAUAUGCACAUAAGGGCCUUGCAAACGGUCUUAAGCUUGACUCCUACUCUACCACAAUAUUUGAAAAGGUUAGCAUCCAGAAAUGUGAAAGUGGAUCAGUAGAAGGCAAAAAUGAUUACGAUAGACUUGGAUCCACAGCUCUAUACGCAUUUGUAUAUCCCAAUUUCAUGAUUAAUAGAUAUGGUCCAUGGAUGGAUACAAAUCUUGUACUCCCAUUAGGACCCAACAAAUGUCAAGUUGUUUUUGACUAUUUCCUUGAACCUUCUCUUAAGGAUGACAAAGCUUUUAUAGAGAAAAGUUUAGAAGACAGUGAAAGAGUCCAGAUGGAAGAUGUCAUUUUGUGUGAAGGUGUGCAAAGGGGUCUCGAGUCUCCGGCGUAUUUAGUUGGCAGAUAUGCUCCAAAUGUUGAAAAAGCCAUGCACCAUUUUCAUUGUUUGCUUCGUAAUGGCAUAACAAAAUGAUGGUGUGCUUGCAAACAAGAAUCAUACUCUUCAAUUCCGUCACAUGUUUGAUGUUUCCGAAGUGCCAUGUCAUGUGAAUGGUGGAUAUUGUACAUAGUUGAAUUGUUAUUUUGGGCUGAAGUAUCUGUGAAGUAGUGCUUCUAAAUUCUAAUGAGCCCAUUGAAACUAACGAAGAAUAAGAAAAUUAAAAAUACCAAUCCUCUAUUAGUGGCUUGUCCAUGUGACAAUUUAUGUGUGUGCUGCCAUUUCAACUUUGGAUAAAAUUGUUUUCCAUGUA